AUGAUGAAUGCCUCCGAGCUCGACCUCGCUAACAUCGACUUGGACGUAGCUCUCGCUGCUCCCGAGUUCUUCGACAGCCUCAAGAAGAUUCCUAAGAUCGAGGACGCUCCGGCCUGGGCAAUUGCCUUGCGCAGCCAUAAACUGGCUCUGAUCGCUCGCAAGCAGCAGCCAUCUGUCGCCCCGCGCCUGCCUGCGCCUGUUCGCAUUCGCGCUGUCGACUGCAACAGCUGGAUCAAGAAGAACAACCGCUCCUCUGACGGUAUUCGCAAGAGGCGUCGUCAAGCCCGCCCGGGCGUAGGAAUGGCGCGACCUCUCACUCUGGUGCAAUACCGGCGCCAUUACGUCCACCUGAUGUCAAGGGUCCUCAACAUCCGCACCAAUGCAUCGCCCUUCACCCUCGUCCUGGACGACUUGAACCAGCGCGCUAUGCCGCUCAUUGGAGAGCUCACCCGCCGCGGUCUGUCCCGCAACGUCAACGUCGUGGUCGUCUCGUUCGAAGCCACGCGCUUUCACCCAGCCAUUCGUAACAUCCCUGCCUAUGGUGACCACACCGGUGCUGAGAUCCUCGCCGAGAUUGAGAAGGCUAUGAACGACUUCAAGGAGAGCAUCGUCAUCAUUGACUCCCUUCACGAUCUCCUCAACGUUAAGAAUGUUGACAUGGGCGCGCUCUUCAACCUCGUCGUCAUGAAGUUCGCCUCCACCCUUGUCGGAAUCUACCACCAAGAUAUGCUCGACGAGCCGAACCUAGAGAACGCCUAUGUCCCUCAGUCACUCGACGUGUUGAAGUUCAUGGCUACGAGCGUCAUCACCUGCAAGUCGUUCACUCAUGCUCUCGCCGCCAAGGCCGCCAAAGACCGCUGCCUGCCUGAGCCGACCCAUGGCCUUCUCCAAGGUGCUGAAGGCAUCGUCCAGUGCCUCGCGGCCAACCACCGGGAGGGCAUCGUCCUCGAAGCCGAGUUUCGCCGCAAGUCUGGCCGUCCAGAGUCCGAAACCUACUUCCUUCCCACCUCGUACCCAUCUGACUAUAACCCCCCAAUCCCCGGCAUGCCCUACGGCACCCUGAGGCAGGAGUUCGUCGUUCUGCUCGAGCAAGUUCCCGCCUAUGCCAACAAGGAAAUUACUGGUCUGAUUAAUGCGGCUGGCGAGGAGAUUGAGUCGACCUUCAACCUUGGACUCACCGACAAGCAGAAGGCAGCCCGCGAGGGCGUCAUUCUUCCCUACUUCGAUGCACAGAAGGCUGAGGGUGGUGAGGGUGGUCGGAUCCUCUAUGAUAUGGGUGCUGAGGAUGACUUCGAUGAAGAGGAGGAUGAGAUUUGA